GGCGAGUUCCCACCCUUCACCGCAACGCCCUGUUUUAAGAGCCAAAGCCUGCCUGCUCUCGCUUGAUUCCUGCUCUCCGCUCUUGUCUCUUCUGUUCUCAGAAAAAUCUAUUUUGAGCGGUUCGAAUGAUCAUUCUUCGUUUGAUCGUUUAACGGCGGCGCUAAAUUCGUCUCAGGAGUAUCGCUGGACUUCCAAUCACCAGGACGACACUCUCGCCAAGCAGUUUCCUCUCCUCGACAUUGCCUCUUCUUUGCUAAGUCGCCUGUUUCAGGCUCCGCUUCCUUUCGUUUGCUUUUUUUUUUCUUUGCGACGAGGUCGUCACCUAAAGCGCGCUAUAUAAUCCACCCUCUGCGCCUUUGGCUUAAACACGUUUGCAAACCCCCAGCGGCAACAGAGUACCAUUGGCACCGCGCAUCAGCAGAUCCACUAUCAACAUACACACGAAGAAGAGCAAGGCCGACACAGAGCAAAGAUGACGCAGGCAGUCGCGAAAUAUGCAGCGAAGAAAAUGCUCUCGAAGCAGUUGAAAGACUACAAGAACAAAGACCCAGCUGGCCCCUAUGACCCGUACUACGAGUACCGCAUCGAUCCACGCUCCGGGCGCAAGAAGAAGAUGAAGAAGCAAAUCCCAGCCUAUAUCCCCGAACAUGACGCCAACGUCCUUGCCCGAGUUCGCAAGACAGCGUACAGGCUCGACUGCUCUCUCUUCUCCCUCUUCGGCAUCCGUUUUGGUGUCUCCAGUGUGAUCGGCCUUAUCCCUGCCAUAGGCGACGGUGUCGACGGAGCCCUUGCCUUGAACACCGUCCGCAAAUGCAACAAGAUCGAGGGAGGCCUCCCCCAAUCGGUCCUCAUCCAGAUGCUGUUCUGGGUUUUUAUCGAUUUCAUUGUCGGCAUUGUGCCCUUUGUCGGUGACCUUCUCGACGCGAGCAUCAAGGCCAACUCAAAGAACUGCAGGAUCCUCGAGGAGCACCUCGACAAGAAGUACAAGCCAAGGGAGCUCGUGGCGCAGGAGAAGCGGGAGAGGGAUGAAGCGAAGAGGGCAAGCAGGCCGUACAUCCCUCCCGCUCCUGCAACCGUGUACGAAGAUAUUGACGACGAUGAUGACGCGGGUCUGCCCAGAUAUGAGGACCAGAGACCGUACGGUGGCCCAACUGCUCCGGUUGCGCAGCCUCAGCCGGCAAGGCAGAAGGAAGAGCGCCGAGGCGGUUCAAGACCUGAGCGCAGCGGAAGCAAGGGCUGGUUUGGCGGAGGCGGUGGAGGCACCAGAGCUCAGAGACCAAAUGGCGCUGAGAUGUCACAGGCACGACGAUGAAUUUUUCAAGAAGCGAAAGACAUUACUAUCAUUGUGCUUGCUUCUCUUCGGAACUUGGUUUGGUCAAAUGUUACACUGCGAAGAAACAAUUCCCCCUCUACGUGCGCCUGUUUUGUGGGUUGUGAGAUGAUUUCACUUCGGCAUUGCAAUGAGCGACAACGGAGUUUAGGAGCCAAGAAAUUAAAUCCAUUGUAAUUUAAUCCCUGUGUAUGAUGCAGAAGAAGCUAUUUUGAAUGGUAUACACUGCACAAGGUCAUGUAGAACCUCGUGACAUUGAAUCUGAAAAGCAACGUUGUCUUCUCGCCGGCCAUUUAAA